AUGAAAGCCAUCGAUGUACAGAGCAUCCACGAUACCUCGCGACCAAUGAGGGAGCGUAUGGAGACACUUGUGAGGUGGAAACAGCAGCAAAUUACCGAAAGCAUCGAGCAGCUCGAAACGUCAACUUUUCAUAUUGACGAAUGGACUCGUGGAAACGGAGGAGGCGGUGGACAGACGAUGGUUCUUCAGAACGGAUCGGUAUUUGAGAAGGGAGGGGUCAAUAUUUCUGUUGUUCAUGGAAAACUUCCACCUCAAGCUGUUGCGAGAAUGCGAGCAGAUCACCAAAAUUUGAAGCCAAGCUCACUGGGAGACGGCAGUGUGCCAUUUUUUGCGUGUGGACUCUCGUUGGUCAUUCAUCCCCAUAACCCACAUGCUCCCACCACCCAUGCAAAUUACCGGUAUUUUGAGACUUUAGAUGCGGAAACUGGCGAGGUAGCUGCAUGGUGGUUUGGCGGCGGAGCCGAUUUGACUCCUUCGUAUCUCUACGAGGAAGAUGUGGUGAACUUCCACCAAUGUCACAAAGACGCUUUGGACAAAUACGACAAGGAAUUGUAUCCAAAGUACAAAAAAUGGUGCGAUGAAUAUUUCUACAUCAAGCAUCGCGGAGAGACCAGAGGAGUUGGAGGCAUUUUUUUCGAUGACAUGGACAGCAUGCCUGCCGAUACAUUGCUCCAUUUGGUUGAAUCGUGCUUUGAUGCGUUUAUACCGUCGUACAUUCCACUCGUUGUAAAGCACAAGGACGAUCCAUUUACCGACGACCAGAAACAAUGGCAACAGAUCCGCAGAGGACGCUAUGUGGAGUUCAAUUUGGUUCUCGACAGAGGAACGCAAUUCGGUCUUUCUACACCUGGUCUGCGUGUAGAAAGUAUUCUUAUGUCACUUCCAGCCACGGCGUCAUGGCUCUACGAUCACCACCCAGAAGAGGGCACCGAAGAGGCCAAGUUGGUUGAGGUUCUCCAGACUCCCCGCGACUGGAUAGCAGCCUAA